UACUCCACGGAACGAAUAUAUAACAGUUGAUUGCGUGACAGUACCGAACGGUAUGAACCGACGAGUGACGUAUCAGUUAUAUACAAUGUGAUCUUUUUAUAGUUGGUAUACGUUUUUACAGAAUUCGUAAUGAAUACCAUGGAGAAGUGCAAGGUUAUGGUUGCAGUUUUGAUUUAUAGUCAUUCAAUGAUAUUGUGUUGGUCGCAUGCUAAGUCUGCGCCAAAACUUCUUGUAAUCUCUUUUGACGGCUUUCGUUGGGACUAUCUUGAUAAAACCGACACUCCAAAUUUUGAUCGAAUAGCAAACAAUGGUGUACGAGCAAAGUGGGUGAAAGACUCUUUUCUCACUGUUACUUUUCCGAACCAUUACACAAUUGCAACAGGACUACACGUGGAAAGUCACGGUAUUGUCGGUAACGUGUUCUAUGACCCUGUAUUUGACGAAAUCUUCAACAUGUCUUCACCAAGAUCUUUAAACGAUUCAAGAUUUUGGGGAGGCGAACCAGUUUGGAUCACGAACGAAUUACAAGGAGGUACCUCUGGAGUGUACUACUGGCCAGGUUGUGGCGCUAAUAUCAAAGGGAUAAGACCUACACAUUGCGUAAAUAUUGUAGAUAUUACAAACAGUUCAUUGAAUAUGUGGAAACAUAGAACUGAUACUGUUAUUGGGUGGUUAGAUGAUCUGGAGAAUGAUGUAAAUCUAGCAAUGUUAUAUUUUGGGGAGCCUGAUGUAAGCGGGCAUCGUUAUGGACCUAACGCGCCUGAAAUUGUUCAGAAAAUACAGCUAUGUGAUGCGAUAACAGGUUAUAUUCUAAGCCAGCUUGAUAAGUAUGGCAUUGAUGAAAUCAAUAUCAUCAUAACAAGUGAUCAUGGAAUGUCUGAGAUGAAUAGGAAAAAAUUUAUAACAUUAGAUGAUCAUGUUGAUAUGAAGAAAAUAAAGCACAUAAUGAACGACAUUGCAUCGGCGAGUAUAUGGCCUGAUUCUAAAAAAAAUAUCACUGAAGAAUUGUUCAAGAAUCUUUCAGCUAUCGAUCCAGUCCAUUAUAAAGUAUGGCUAAAAAAGGACAUUCCACCCGAGUAUCAUUAUUCAAAUAACAGACGGAUCUCUUCAAUUUUCAUGCAAGCCAAUGAAGGUUGGGGUAUCAGAGAAAACUGGAAUGAUCCACGAUACAAAAUGGGACGACAUGGAUACAAUAAUUCGUUGAUGAAUAUGCAUGUUUUCUUCCUUGCGACGGGCCCGUCCUUCAAAGAGGGAUUUUUGUCUGAACCUUUUGAACUCAUCGAUAUAUAUUCUUUAAUGUGUUACAUUUUAGAAAUUAAACCAGCACCCAAUAAUGGAUCAUUUGAUGCAGUUAGACAACUACUGAGAGAUGAACGUCCAAUGAAUUAUGAAGAUUAUAACAGCAAGAUGUUCCGAGUGAAUAUUUCUAUAUGGGAAGGAAUAUGUAUUGGAGUCAUCUGCAACGCAAUAAUGUUAAUUUAUCUCUUGAAACGCAUGAAGAAAGGAUAUUUGAAGCUUCCUGUAAUGCCGAAUUCCACUCGGAGCCAUGCCGAUAAGAAGAUUACGGAGAGAACAUUAUUGACCAACGGCGUAUAAUCUUUACACAACGUAAAAGGUUGAGUCACUACCCAUACUUCCCACGUUUUUCAUGAUCACCUCAAAGACUGUGAAGAUGAUGAGAAGAGUGAUCAAUACAAUCCGAUAACAACAAAGUAAAUUGCCAUGUCGUAAUCCAAAUAACUGAACUGAUUACCAUAAACGCGAGCAGGUACUCCCGACCGGCAUUAUCCGCACUGCAAAGGCAAUCCUCAAUGAAAACUUGAAUAUAGCGUUCAUGCAAAUCUACACAUAUUCAAUCACUGGUCGUUUUUCAAUACGCAGUCGGGAGUCGAGUAAAGUUUUCCAGAAUUCACAGACCUGUAUUUAAUAAAGUCAAAUCUCAUCUGUAAUUGCUAUUUCCCGUUGUCCUUGUUAUCACAACAAUCAAUACAUCAGCGAAUGUUCAUUUUAUUGCAUUUGUACCAUCAAUAUAACAUUAUAAUAUCAACAUCCAAACCUUAAAUAUUUUUGUAGCAGUAACGACACUCUCAGCGAAAACAGACUUAAAACUUUUAUAGAGAUUUAAAACGAACUGACAUUGCAAUACUGUAUGAGAAGAAUGAUCCAGGCGAAUGCAUUAAGUAAAAGCGAGUGUGAUUUCGAAGUUUUUACGAUGGCUAUAAGUAAAAUUUGUUAUUUCAUUAUAUUAGUAAAUAAUCAGAAUGAUCGAGUAAUUAGAAAAAAAAGCUGAAA